AUGGUUAAUCAAAGAACAAAGUGGCUUGAGUUUUAUGACAAAAUAACUAAAUCGCUCCACUGGUGGAUUCCUGUGAUGAAUCUAAGUUUUCAUACACCAUCUGACGAAUCAGUUUUGGACAUGGAAAGAUCAUGCUGCAAUCACGAGGAAACUCCACCAUUACAGUCUUUUGCCACUACAUCAGCUGGUCAACUUUCAGAGACCAAUGCAACAUACUUCUCAUGGCCUACUUCUUCCCGUUUAACUGAUGUUGUUGAAGAUCGAGCUAAUUACUUUGACAAUCUUUUAAAAGGGGUUUUACCCCAAAGAAUUGGCCAAUUGCCUACAGGAGAACAAGCUGUUACUUUGCUUGAACUGAUGAUGAUAAGAGCAUUUCAUAGCAAAAUCUUGAAGAAAGUUAGUCUUGCAACUGCAAUUGGAUUCAGAAUUCGAGGGGGUUUGCUAACUGAUAUACCUGCCAUUCUUGUCUUUGUUGCUCGUAAGAUUCACAGGCAAUGGCUUACUCAUAUCCAGUGUCUGCCAUGUGCUCUUGAGGGACCCGGGGGUGUGUGGUGUGAUGUUGAUGUGGUGGAAUUUUCAUAUUAUAAUGUGCCUGAAGUAACUCCAAAGGAACAAUUUUGCACAGAGCUUGUUGAUGGCUUACGUGGAAGCUUUCCAUGCAUUGGUUCUGGUUCCCAGGUUGCAAACCAAAGCACAUAUGGGACAAUGGGUGCCAUUGUGAAAAGCCGAACCGGAAACCGCCAGGUGGGAUUCCUAACAAAUCGCCACGUGGCGGUUGACUUGGAUUACCCAAACCAAAAAAUGUUCCAUCCUAUGCCACCUAGCCUGGGGCCCGGGGUGUAUCUUGGAGCUGUUGAAAGGGCAACUUCAUUUAUCACUGAUGAUCUUUGGUAUGGCAUAUUUGCUGGAACAAAUCCAGAAACAUUUGUUCGAGCAGAUGGAGCAUUCAUCCCAUUUUCUGAAGAUUUUGAUCUUGCAGAUGUGACAACAUCUGUAAUUGGAAUUGGAGAGAUAGGUGAAGUCAAAGCCAUAGAUUUGCAGUCUCCAGUCAACAGUGUAAUUGGUCAACAAGUGACCAAAGUUGGAAGAAGUUCAGGGUUGACCACAGGGACCAUAAUGGCAUAUGCAUUGGAAUACAAUGAUGAAAAAGGAAUUUGCUUUCUGACCGAUUUUUUAGUGAUUGGAGAAAACCAACAAACUUUUGAUCUUGUAGGUGAUAGUGGAAGUCUCAUUCUUUUAAAAGGGCAAAAUGGGGAAAAGCCACGCCCGAUUGGAAUCAUUUGGGGUGGGACAGCUAAUCGGGGUCGAUUAAAAGUCAAAGAUGGUCAACUUCCCGAGAAUUGGACGAGUGGGGUCGAUCUUGGUCGCCUUCUAGAUGUUCUUGAACUUAGUCUCAUCACCACCAAUGAAGAUCUUCAAGUUGCACUGCAAGAACAAAGGAACGCAUCAGCAUUAGCAGCACCAGGGACUGAUUACACAAUUCGUGAAUCAUCUACGCGUCAGCCACUUGAGUCAAAUGACCAAAAUGCCCUUGACUUCCGUGUUGAAUGUGGGACACAACCCGCUCCAAACAUCGAACAUCAGUUCAUAUCAAGCAUUCCGGGGACCUUUGACUUUGACUUUGACAACAAAAGUUUCUCACCAUUUACAAAUUCAAAGUACAAUGCUAUAAUUGGGUCCGAAGAUAUUUCUAUCAGCUUGCAAUUGGGUGAACCCGGACCCAAGAGACGAAAGCAAUGUGGUGCUUUGUUGAUUGAUGAAAAUGCAAAAUGAUUUAACGGUUUGUGGAAUUUUUAAGUAAUUUGUUCUCAUUGGUUUAUAAUUUUUGGCCCUAGCGUAAUUUGGCUGCUAAGGGUGUCUAUGGGUAUAUCAGUGUUUAGAUUGUAGAGUUGAUGGGAUAUAUCAAUGGCUAAAAUGUUGAAAAUAUGUAAAAUUUUAGUCUAAUGAUGUUUAAAAUCUAUUGUAUCAAGUACUUGACGAAUGAG